AUGAGAGACACGAGACCCAACAAUGCAGACAAGCUGAAGGCCGCUAUCAAAGCGCCCUGGGCUUCCAUCACACCUCAGCAGUGCCACAGGCUGAUCGCCUCCAUGCCACGCCGCAUUGAUGCAGUCAUUCAUGCAAAAGGAUGCCAAACCAAAAAAGCCCAGGAACAGCAGAAGAAGGUGGUAGUAGCAGGUUGUGUUCCCCAGGCUCAGCCACGGAUGGACUACCUAAAAGGACUGAGCAUCAUCGGGGUCCAACAGAUUGAUCGUGUGGUGGAAGUAGUGGACGAGGCAAUUAAAGGUCACUCAGUUCGUCUGCUGGGUCAGAAGAAAGAUGGAGGCCGGAGGCUCGGAGGCGCAAGACUGGACCUGCCCAAAAUCAGGAAGAACCCUCUCAUCGAGAUCAUCUCCAUUAACACAGGAUGUUUGAAUGCGUGUACCUACUGUAAGACUAAACAUGCCAGAGGAGACCUGGCCAGCUAUUCCAUCGAGGAGCUAGUGGAGAGAGCCAGACAGUCUUUCCAGGAGGGAGUGUGUGAGAUCUGGUUGACCAGUGAAGACACAGGUGCCUACGGGAGAGACAUAGGCACAGACCUGCCCACACUGCUGUGGAGACUGGUGGAGGAGAUCCCUGAAGGAGCCAUGCUGAGGCUGGGUAUGACCAACCCACCGUAUAUCCUGGAACACCUAGAGGAGAUGGCUAAGAUAUUAAAUCAUCCGCGGGUCUAUGGCUUCCUUCAUGUUCCUGUGCAGUCGGCCUCAGACAGCGUCCUGAUGGACAUGAAGAGAGAGUAUUGCAUCGAUGACUUCAAGAAAGUGGUGGACUUCCUCAAAGAGAAGGUCCCAGGUGUUACCAUUGCUACGGAUUUAAUCUGCGGUUUUCCUGGUGAGACAGAAGAAGACUUCCAAGAGACGGUAGAGUUGGUGAAGCUCUACCGAUUCCCCAGUCUGUUCAUCAACCAGUUUUACCCCAGGCCCGGUACACCUGCCGCCAAGAUGGAGCAAGUUCCAGCACUUGUG